UUUUUUUUUUCUUUUUUAUACAUAUAUAUAUCAUGUCGCAAGGAACAAACGCGUAUAUGGUUGCCAACUUGUUGGAAAAAAUGAGUAACGAAGACAGGGAUUUUCGUUAUAUGGCUCUGAAUGAUUUGAUGAACGAACUUCAAAAAGAAUCUUUUCAAAUGGAAACCAUGAUUGAGAGUAAAGUAGUAAAGGCUGUGUUGCAACUGAUGGAUGAUAAGAAUAGCGAAGUUCAAAACUUGGCUGUCAAAUGUCUUGGUCCUUUGGUGAAGCAAAUCAAUGAGAACCAUCUGUUGCAAAUCAUUGAUUGCCUCUGUCAAUAUGCUUCUCAACAGACAAAUGAAGAAUUGCGUGGCAUUGCUAGUAUUGGUUUGAAAGCUGUCGUGAUGGAAGUCGAUGUUACUAAAGGUCAUCAAGUCUCUGAACGCAUUAUUCCUCAUUUAUUGGCUACUAUGGAAAAGAGUGAUGCUUCCUAUGAAAUGCAGAUGGAUACAUUGGAUGCUUUAUCAGAAAUGUUGUCUCGAUUUGGUAGUCAGAUAUCUGUAGCUCAACAAACCAAGAUUCAAGCUGCCUUACUACCUUUACUUUCUUAUAACCGUGCUGCAGUCAGAAAGAGAGUGACGAUUGCUAUUGGCUAUUUAGUCGUCCAUACGCAUGAUGAACUCUUUAGUCAGUUGUAUGGUUACCUUGUGGAAGGAUUACGCACCAACACAGUCAAUGAAAAGACAAGAACCUUGGUCCAAUGUGCAGGUGUCUUGAGUCGUUCAAGUGCAACCCGUAUUGGCAAGCAUUUGACUGAAUUGGUGCCUAUCAUUAUUGACUAUACGCUUAAAGCAGAUGACGAUGACGAAUUAAGAGAGAUCUGCUUACAGACUUUGGAAUCCUUUAUUCUUCGAUGUCCUACUGAAAUGACAAGUUCUGUUCAAGACAUUAUGUCACUCUGUUUAAAUUACAUCAAAUAUGACCCUAAUUUUGUGGAAGAAGAUGACAAUGAGGAAAAUGAAGACAAUGAGGAUAUGGAUCUGGAAGAAGAUGAUGACUUUGAUGAUGAACAAGAUGAUUUCGAUGAUGAUGAUGACGACAUGUCGUGGAAAGUACGUCGAUCAGCUUCCAAAGUCUUGUCUGCUAUUAUUGAGACACGCUCUGAUCUAUUGGACCAAUUGUAUGAGACAGUGGCUCCUGUGCUUAUCCUUCGGUUCAAGGAACGCGAAGAAUCAGUGCGUGUGGAUAUUUUGACAACUUUUAUUGCUCUCCUUAGACAAACCAAUGUCUAUGCAGAAGACACAAAUCAUUCAGAAGGUCCUCGUCAAUUAUUACGCGCUCAAGUGCCUAAGUUGUGUCGCUCACUUGCGAAACAAUUGACACCCAAAUCCCCACAAACACGUCAAAUUGGAUUUCACCUGUUGAGAGAAAUCAUUGUCGUGCUUCAUGGUGGUCUUGAAGAACAAAUGGACUUGUUUGUAUCUCCUAUUGAAUCUUCUUUGAUCACCACAGCUACAGAUCAGCAACAAUCUUCUUCUAAUCUCAAGAUUGAAAUCUUGUAUUUCUUGCGCUUGUUCUUCCAUCAUCAUCCAGCAGACCAUGUUCGCUCUUUUAUUCCUCGUUUGGCGCCUGCUGUGAUCCAGUCUGUCUCUGACAAGUUUUACAAGAUUAGUUCUGAAGCCUUCUUGGUCUGUAUUGAGCUGAUCAAGGUCAUUCGUCCUAUUGUGCCUGAAAUGGGUGCUUCUCAAGCUCAACCUGAUCAUACGGCCUACUUGUUUGAAAUCUACCAUGUUACGAUGCGUGUCUUGAGUACCAGUGAUGCUGAUCAAGAAGUAAAAGAACGAUCCAUUAUGUGUCUCGGUGCUCUUUUGGCUCAAGUAGGCGAUGUACUCCAAGCACAACAAAGGGAGGCAUGGGAUGUACUGUUGGAAAGACUGAGAAAUGAAGUCACUCGCUUGAUCAGUGUGCGUACCUUGACUUAUGUGUCACGAAGCCCUGUCGCUGCAGGACCUGAACUGCAGCGCUGUAUCUUAUUAGCCAUCGACGAUAUUGCCUUGUUGCUGCGUAAAAGUAACCGUCCUUUAAGGAUUGCCAGUCUGGAAUGUUUGACAGUCUUGAUUGAUCAGUUUGGUUCUCAAUUAAGACAUGAACAUUUUGUGACCUUGUUGGUUGAACUGAAGCCCUUGGUCACAGACAAUGAUCUCCAUCUCUUGCCCUUGGCUCUUAAGACAGUCGAGUCCAUGUUGACAGUGCGACCUGACACGGUGGAACAAGUCAAGAUGCAUAUUGUGCCCUUGUUGUUCCGAUUGAUUGAGUCUCCUUUACUUCAAGGAUCUGCCCUCAAUAGUUUGUUGAGUAUGUUGACUGCUUUUGUCAAGGCAAGUCCUGAAGACUAUGCUUCUUUAGUCAAGGGUUUAGUGGAUCCUUUGUUGCAUGUCAAGACAUCUGGUGUCUCUGCAGGCGGUGUUGCUGCUGUAGCGAACAAACAAGCUGCUUCUACUGUAGCUCAAUGUGUUGCUGUCUUGGCUGCUCAUAUAGACUCAUCUCACCGUGAUCCUACCUUACGUGAAUUCCAAUCCUAUCUUCAACAGCCUGCUACAAAUGAUUCCAUCAAAUACUUGUCUUUGUUGACCUUGGGUGAAAUUGGUCGUCGUAUCCGACUUGACCAGAUGGCCUCUGAUGUACUUGCUUUGUUCUCUGCUCAAUCUGAAGAAGUGAAGUUUGCUGCUGCCUUUGCUCUGGGUAAUAUCUGCGUGGGUAACAUGCAGACGUAUCUCCCAAGCAUCUUGGAUCAAAUCAGACAAGAACCCAAGCGUCGUUACUUGUUGUUGCAUGCACUCAAGGAGAUCAUCACACGUUAUGAUACUGCACACGACAACACUUUAGCUGGAGCAGCAGAUAAAGUCUGGCAGUUGUUAUUGAGCAGCAGUGAAGGCGAUCAAGAAGAAGGCACACGUACUGUGGUGGCUGAAUGUCUUGGUAAAUUAGCCUUAACGCAUCCUACCAAGUUUUUACCUCAACUUCAAGAUCGAUUGAACAGCCCUUCUGCUCAUGUACGGGCUACGGUUGCUACUGCAAUCAAGUAUGCUGUUGUGGAUCCAUCCGUCGCUUAUGAUGAACUAUUGAAGCCUAUAAUGGUCCAAUUCUUGACGCUAUUACAAGACACAGAUCUAAAUGUCAAACGAUUGGCUCUCUUGACAGUCAAUUCAGCUGUGCAUCGUAAGCCUUAUCUGAUUCGUGACAUCUUGUCUCCAUUGAUUCCUUUGUUGUAUGCAGAGACAGUGGUGAAAGAAGAAUUGAUUCAUACAGUCGAGAUGGGUCCAUUUAAGCACAAAGUGGAUGAUGGUCUUGAGAUCAGAAAGGCUGCUUAUGAAUGUAUGUAUACCUUGUUAAGUACUUGUUUAGACAAGAUUGAUGUCUAUGGUUUCUUGGACCAUAUCUGUGUUGGCCUUGAUGAUCAACAUGAUAUUAAAAUGUUGGCUUAUUUGAUGCUGAUUCGAUUAAGCAAAGUGACACCUACGGUUGUUGCUCAGCGCUUGGAUGAUUUAGUGACUCCAUUCAAGGCUACUUUAGAAUUCAAGAUGAGAAGUAAUGCUGUCAAACAAGAAGUAGAAAAGAAUCAAGAAUUGAUUCGUGCUGUUUUACGUUGUAUUGUAGCCUUGCAUCCCUUGGCUGAUCCUACGAUAGCACCUCGUUUUGAUCAUCUUGAGUUAGAAGUAUCCACAGGUCCAUUGGCUGAAGAAUUCAAAUUGGCUGUGACUGAAGCAGAAAGUCGAGAGAAUAGAGUGGAUUUAAUGGAUCUUUCCCAUCAUUGAUGCGGUGUUUUAAAAAUAUGUAUACGUUGAUCGCGUUUAAAAAAUAAAACAGGUUGUUCCUUUCUUUU